UAGUUGGUUGGAUAUAUUUCAUAACGAUUUUUUUUGCCUGUAUUUUCUAAAGCAAUUUCCUCAUAGAAAUUAAACUCAUUAAAUAAAGGAGAAAAAAAAAUGAGAUGAUGGAUACGAAAAUCAGAUCACAAAGGAAGGUGAAUAAAAAAACAAACUACACCACCUUCCAACAAACAAAUACCCAAAAAGUGAAAGUUAGGGUUUCCACUGCCCUUCUUCUUUUUCAUUAUUUUCCCUCCUGAUUUUCUUUUCCCCCAAACACUACUAUUCGACGGAUACGGUUUUUCUAUCCGAAGAUAUUUUUUUGUCGAUUGUUCUCGCUAUCAGACGAUUCGUUUUCUUUCGAAGAAGAAGAUUGAUAAAAUUAGAAACAAAAAAGGCCUUGAAUUUUCUUCUCUAGAGGUUUAUUUUCCCGGGAAAAUUGGCUUCCUCUAUUUCCCAGCUCUACCUGUCUUAGCUUCCAAGGAAGUUUGCUUUGUGCUUGAUUUAUCGGGGGAGGAAUUUACGUAGCUGGUGGGUGGAGUAAAAAAAGGGAGGGAAAAUAUUCAUUGGAGGAUCUAAGAUUCAAGAUAGAGAGAACUUUAAUAUUCUUUAGAUUUUUUUUUUGAAUUUAAUUGUCAGUAAAUAAUUCGAUUGCUUGAGUUUGAAUGCAUAUAUUGGUAUAUGGAGUCAGAAGUAUUUUCACCUCCGAUUCCAAGAGAUUUGGUGAAAUGUUGUGAUUGCAAUUGUACUACCUGUUCUUUGAUUAGUGAUCCUCCGAGCACUUGGUUUCGCACUGUGAAACGCAAAUUCGAUGAGUUUGAGAACUUCAACAAGUUUUAUGUUCCGGGGUUUGAUCUAUACUCUAACCCCAAAGUCCAAAUUGAGAAUGAAUGUGCUGCUUUGCGGGAGACGGUUAGCAGCCAACAGGCCACAAUACAAGAUUUGUAUAGAGAAUUGGAGGAAGAGAGAAAUGCUUCAUCAUCGGCAGCUACUGAGGCCAUGUCGAUGAUAUUGAAGUUGCAGAGAGAGAAGGCAGAGAUCCAAAUGGAGGCACGGCAAUUCAAGUGUUUUGCUGAGGAGAAAAUGGCACAUGACCAACAGGAGAUAAUGGAUUUGGAGGAUUUGUUGUAUAAGAGAGAGCAGGCUAUUCAAGCCCUUACUUGUGAAGCACAGGCUUACAAGCAUAGGAUGAUGAGUUAUGGGUUUACGGAGGCAGAGGUUGAAGGUGAGCCGGAUGGGCUGAUUCGAAAUGUGGCUAAGAACUUUGGUGACUCUGUCAAUCUUCUUCAAUAUGAUUAUCAACCUCCAAAGUGCAAUUUGAAUGAGAAUCCUGGUGAUGAUGUUGAAGAUAUUGAGAAAUAUGCAUUUGGUGAAACCCCUUGUGCCCGAAAACACUUGAGGAAUCUGGAGCAAAGGAUCUGCCAAAUUGAGAGGAAUCCAAGCAGCAGUCAGCUGAGUGAACUGGAUGGAUAUUUCCCUGGAACAAAGAAUGUUCCAGAGAAGGUAAUAGUUGGUCACUCUCCUAGGCAAUCAAGACAUUCAAGGAGGCUUUCAAGUGAUAGUUCAACCACGUUCCUCGCUAAAGAGAUCACUUCAGAGUUUACAGGUAAUUCUCCCAGGUUCAUUUCAGAAAUGGACAAGAUUUCCAGCUCAGGAAGAAUGGAUAAUGCUUCUGAAGUUGGAGAUGAUAUGAGUGACAGAGUUUAUACUAUUGAUUCUAUCCAUACUGGGGUUCCAUAUAAGGGAACCCCUGAGCCCAAACCUGGAGUUGGAGAUUGUGUUGAUUAUGCAGACACUCCAAGGGAUGCACUUAAUCCGCCUGAUGGAUGUGAUCCCAAUAUCAAGAAACUCUAUACAAGGCUUCAGGCCCUUGAGGCUGAUAGGGAAUCAAUGAGACAAGCAAUAAUAUCAAUGCGAACUGACAAUGCACAGUUGGUAUUAUUGAAAGAAAUAGCUCAACAGUUGUGCAAGGAAAUGCCCCCUGAAAGACAAUUGACCGUGAGGAAGCCAUCUAUUCUUGGAAGCCUUCCCUUCAUGUCAUUCUUCAAGUGGAUUGUGUCCUUUGUUUUCUGGAAGCGGAAAGCUUGUCGAAGCAAGCAUCUAUAUGGAUUGUCACCAAACAAUGUCGGCUUGCUACUGCUUCUCGACAAGGGUCCACGACUGAGACAGUGGAGAUGUCUUUCAAGUACUCAAGUCUGAAACUGAUUCAGUUACUUCUCCACAUGAAGCCUCUAAUCGUAAUGGGUUUGAAUAAACUAUCAUGUAUAGACUGUGCAUCCUUUCUUAUGGAUUCCUUGGAGCAGCUUUUGGUAUAUUUUUCAGUGUUCUUUUAUUUUACUUUAUUUUUUUACGAUUGAAUACAUGUUGCUGCUUGAUCAGCAAAAACACAGAUGUGGUGAGCAUACUCGCUCAUAUGGUUUGUCAGAUUUCAGUUUUAAGGUAUGUGUCUAUUGCCGAUCUCCUACAUGUUUAGAUUCUUGUAUGAUUUUUGUUUCUAGUAUGCCGUGUUUAUUCUUUUAUAAUCCGAGCAAUUGUUAGUUUGCAAGAGUAAUUGCUGCUAGUCUCAUUGAGAUUCAUGUUUUAGUUCGCUUGCUUUUCUUUUGGUUUUUCCAAGGUUUUAUCCUUCAUAUGCUUUUUUCUUUUUGAAGGAAGAAAAAUGGAUUAUAGAAGAAAUAUCUCAAAGAACCUCUAGAUUCAGGAACUUGGACAAGUUAAUUCUCAUAAGCCCAUAUUGUUCCGACCCUUAAUUUUUCUUGAAAUAAACGUGUUUGACAUCCUUAUCCUCCGCAUAUUUAGACAUGAGUAUAGGGACAUGAUCAUCCAAGUAUCCUCCAAAUGCAUGAAAAAGCUUAAUAUUAAAUAUACCGGUGUUGGACACGUUCCCCUUAUCCGAUAUUUAUUCUGAGUUCGAGUAACAUUGUCCUUUUAUCACUGCAGGUUCUACAUUAAGAAACUUUUUAACUCUAUUUUGCCACCUAUUAGAACCCGGAUUAUUUCCUAAACUUUGUUGAUUUCAAUCCGAACAACUGAUUAGCUUGUGUAGGUUGUGGGAUACAGUUAUAUAUUGCAACCCGAUAAGUUUGUGUUUAUAUUAUGUUCACAUUAUCUUAUCAUGUUAUAGUCACGUUGAAGAUGUAAUAUAUUUAUACAAAAUUUGAUACGAUAAUAAUUCAUGUUAUCUAAAUUUUGAUAAA